AUGUUUCUCCGUACAGACCGCCACAUUCCCUAUCGACUUGAAGAAGAGGGAGAGGGAAUACCGGCUUUUGAAGUACAUGUCCGUCUUAUAGAUGCCGGACUGCUUCUUGGCAUCUAUGGUCAUCACUCUAUUUUCGACGCCGGACGUCUGGACAUUGUCAUCAGUUGCUUUGCUGAACUUACCAAAGACCCCAAAAAGACGUUGGAAAUUACAGUUCCAGCGCGUUUGAGUGACAAAGCCUUUAUAGCUGUCCCGGUGCCGCUAGCUCCGGACUUGAAAGAGCUACUUUCUCGUUGUCCUGAGUAUCGACUUCUUUCGUCCCCUCUCGGCCCAACUCAGUUUCGAGAUCAGACUAUUCGUGCUCUCAAAGACGAACUCGCGUACCCGGGACUCACAGACUCCAAACACCUGCCUUCAGCAUUUACAUGCCUUGCCGCUAUUACGUGGGCUCAUGUCACCAAUUCCCGUAUAGCCAAUGGAUCACCCAAGGCGUCGCUUGCUGAAGAUGCACGGCUUAUGAUAUCUGUCGAUUGGCGCCGACGCGUAACCGGCAAUACCAUUGGUUCUAUCUCUGGCAACUCCAUAGCUCUUCCCAUCGCCUCAAUCAACAAGUCAACUAUAUUAGCAGCAUGUAACGAGGAUCAAAGAAUUGCGUACUCCGCCGUAGCAGCUAUAGCACGAGCUAUCGAUGAGGCUAUUCUCAGUGUCAACGACGACUUCGUAGCUGCUCGCACUGCUCUGUUCCACUGGGUUCCAGACCCGCGGCUGAUAGGCCUUGACUUUGAUCUGAGCGAUCCGCUGGACUUUUACCUGGAAACCUGGCGAGAAUUUGGAACUCGGACUCGCUGGGACUUUCCGGGACUCGACAACCAGGAUUGCGUGAGGGGCCUCGCUCCAGAUGCUUUGCGCAGAGCACAGGCUGCCUUUGGUACUGGCGCGGGACUGGUGUUGCCAGAAACUGAUGUUACUAAAUUCGAGGUCCUGAUUACGCUGGAUGUUGAAGCAAUGGAGCACUUGUGUAAUAGCCCCAGCUGGCAACGCUGGGCUGAGGCAUAA